AUGGACCCUCCACAGAGCGCCCCCGCUCCCUCCCCAGUGCCCCUGGCCACGCCCCAGAGCCCCAUGCCCUUCCCCAGAGCCCUGAAACCCCCUCCUUCGAGCCCGCAGCCCUUCCCCAGCGACCAGGGCACCGUCCCCAGAGACCACGGACCACUCCUCAGAGCCCCACUCCACACCCCAGAGCCCCGCGACCCCUCCGCAGAUCCCUGCGCCCCCCACCCAGAGUCCACAACCUCCCCCAGAGCCCGAGCACCCUCCUCAGAGCCCCACGGCCCCUCCCCAGAGCCCCAUGCUCCCCCGCUCAGAGUCCACAACCUCCCCCAGAGCCCCACGGGCCCCUCACCAGAGACCCCCAACCCCUCCCCAGAACGCCCCUGGCCCGCUCCCCAGAGCCCCUGUCCCAGGACACUCCACAGAGCCCCCACCGCCCCUCUCCAGAGCCCUGUGGCCCCAUCCCCAGAGCCCGCGGUCACCUCCUCAGAGUCUCCCGCCCCUCCCCAGAGCCCCUUGUCCCCUCUUCAGAGCCCCAAGCCCCGCCCCACAGCCCUGCGGCCCCUCUCCAGUGCCCUGCGGCCCUUCCCCAGAGCCCCUGCCACUCCCCAGAACACUGGCCCCUCCCCAGAGCCCCGUGACCCCUUCCCAACCACCCACGUUCCCUCCCCAAAGCCCCCCGCCCCUCCCCAGAGCCCAGUGACCAAUCUCCAGAGGCCCACGCUCCCACCCCAGCGCCUCAAGCCCCCAUCCCAGAGCUCCGCGACACCUCCCCAGAUCCCCGAGUCCACCAGAGUCCACAACCUCCCCCAGAGCCCCGCACACCCUCCCCAGAGCCAUAGUCCUGAACCUCCCCCAGAGCCCCGCAGGCCCCACCCCAGAGAUCCCCAACCCCUCCCAGAGCCCCCCCGCCACUCCCCAGCCCCCGAGGCCCCCUCCCCGGAGCCUGCGCUCCCUCCCCAGGGCAUGGGGAUCCUGCCUCAGAGUUCCCUGCCUCUCCCCAGUUUCUGUGGCCCCCUUGCUAUAGCCUGCGGCCCCCUUCUCAGAGCACCCCGCCCCUCCCCAGAGUCCCUGUCCCCUCUUCAGAGCCCCCCGCCCCUCCCCAGAGCCCCGCGGGCCCCUCCUCAGAGACCCCCAACCCCCUCCCCAGAGCCCCCACCCCUCCCCACCGCCUGUGGCCCCCUCCUCCAAGCCCUGCGCCUCGCCGGAGCGGGGACCCCCGGAUCCCCGAGGCCCGCGGGGGAGGCCCGGGCCGGGCGCGGCCGCCCUGACCCCGACCCGCUGCCCCGCGCAGCUGCGUCGUCAGCAGCCUGGAGUCCUGGUUCCCGAGGACUACGGAAUCUUGUACCUGAAGGGCACAGGAUGCCGGCCUCGGGGCUCAUGACGCGCUACCAGGUGACAGACAGGAGCUCUUUACCAUUUUCCUUCCAGGGUGUUGCUGACCUAACUGUGGACUUUGAGGACUGGCAGGACCUGGACAGUGCUCCGAGGACUCUGUACACGGAUGUGAUGAUGGAGAGCUUCAGCAGCCUGCUGUCCUUGGAUCCCGAAGUCAAGCUGUUGUCUUUCAAGAACCUGACUUACUGA